AUGAGGGGCGACCAAGAAAUAACCAAAGCCGAAAAGGCUCUUCACGAUCAGACGAACAUUUUGCCUCUCAGGAAACUUCUCGUAGUCUUUUCAACGCUUGCAGUCACGUUACUCGUCUCGUUUAUCGACCAAAAUGGCAUCAGCAUCACUUUGCCAACCAUUGCGGCGGACCUCAACGCGGAGGACACCAUCUCGUGGGCGGGUACGACAUCGCUCAUCGCCAACACGACAUUUCAGAUGCUCUACGGGCGGUUUUCAGAUAUUUUUGGCAGAAAAGCCGUCUUUUUGAGCGCCAUAGGCCUUCUGUCCAUCGCAGACUUGCUCUGCGGGCUUUCGCAGAAUGCAACCAUGUUUUACAUCUUUCGUGGCGUUGCGGGCAUCGGCGGAGGUGGUAUCACGAAUCUGGCCAUGAUUAUUGUCUCAGAUGUUGUUACUCUGGAGCAGCGGGGCAAAUACCAAGGAAUCUUGGGCUCAAUGGUCGGCCUAGGAAAUGUCUUGGGGCCUUUUCUUGCUGCCGCCUUUGUUGAGAGAGCAACUUGGAGAGCGUUCUUUUGGAUGCUCUCACCCCUCGGCGUCAUUGUCGGUAUUAUCUCAUACUUCUUCUUGCCGUCUAAGCCGCCGGAUGAAGACUUUAUGAAGAGUGUCAAGAAGAUCGACUAUGCAGGCUCAUUCACCUCGUCAGCCGGUGUCAUCUUGUUGCUGAUCCCUAUCUCAGGAGGUGGCGCAUACUUCCCGUGGAACUCGGCGAUGGUCAUCAGCAUGUUGACCAUAGCGGCAUUGGCUCUUGUGUCUUUUGUCAUUGUGGAGUGGAAGUUUGCGAAGCUCCCGAUGAUGCCAGUCCCAAUCUUUAAGAACAAAGUUGUCGUUGUUCUCUUGGCACAGUCCUUCCUAUUCGGCGCAGUAUACCAGGGAUAUCUUUACUACAUUCCCCUCUAUCUACAGAAUGCUCACCAGUACUCCGUCAUUCAAUCUGCGGGGAUCUACGUCGCUCUCGUAGUUUGCCAGUCUGUAUUUUCAAUCAUCUCGGGGCAGUACAUAUCUAGAACCCAGCGCUAUGGAGAGGUUAUCUGGGCAGGCUUCGGCCUUUGGACACUAGGAGCAGGGCUCACACUGAUUUACGACCGGCACACCAAGUCCGGGAUCAUUGUGAUUCCUCUGCUAAUCAUCGGCAUUGGCGUGGGGUUCAUCUUCCAGCCGACACUCGUGGCCCUCCAAGCCCACUCCAUCAAGUCUCGCAGGGCAGUAAUCACCUCCAAUCGCAACUUCUUUCGAUGCGCAGGAGGUGCUUGCGGAUUAGCUGUAUCUGCGGCAGUCCUCCAAGCAACCUUGCGCGCCAACCUGCCAGAAGGCUUCAAGGGCCUCGCCAGCAGUACCUACUCAAUACCGAAACUAAACGAUCACGAUAUGUCUGCUGUCCUCGACGCGUACAUGGCGGCAAGUCGUGCAGUCUUCAUUCUCCAGAUACCACUCAUUGGAUUGUGCUUGUUGGGCUGUCUCUUUAUUAAAGAUAGAGGUCUGCAUCCGAUUGACGAGGCCAAGCCGGAGGAUACAUUGAGCGAGAGUCGAGAUGAAGAGACGGGGAUUCCAGAAGAGAAGAGCCCACAUAAUGGCCCAGGUAAUCCCGGCAGUCGUGGGCAAGUGCUGGCAGCUGAGUCAACGCAUCAACCGCAUCAAUAG